CGCACCGCCAUGACCCAAUUUUGAUGAAGCAAUGAUGGCGGACUUAGCGAUAUAAAUCAACACAGGAGAUUGACAUUUGAGAAAAAUAAUCAAACAUGUCGACAGAGAACAUAAAAGUGGCAGUGAGGGUCCGCCCUUUCAGCCAAAGAGAGAAGGACUCCAACGCCCAGCGUAUUAUAGACAUGGAUGGGGUCACCACCUACAUCAAAGACCCCGCUGCUCGCCCCGGGGAGGAGCCCAAGAAAUUCAUCUUCGACCAUUCAUACUGGUCACACGACGGUUUUAAGGAGGAAAAGGAUGGAUAUUUUUCACCAGCGACUGCCAAAUACUCGGAUCAAACGAAAGUUUUCAAUGAUCUCGGCCGUGGAAUGUUGACCAAUGCGUGGGAGGGGUACAACUGCUCUAUUUUCGCAUAUGGGCAAACUGGGAGCGGGAAGUCGUACUCCAUCAUGGGAUACGGAGCAAAUAAAGGAAUUGUUCCCCGUGUAUGUGAAAUGUUGUUUCAACAAAUCAAAGAAAACCCGAAAGAAGGGGUGGAAUAUCGGGUGAAAUUCAGUAUGUUGGAGAUCUACAACGAACAAGUACGAGAUCUUCUCACUAAGAAGGUCAAGGGAAAGGCUAAAGAGGGUCUGAAAGUUAGGGAACACGCCACUAAGGGGUUUUACGUGGAGCACCUCACAGAUGUCCCAGUGGGAAAUUACAGGGAUAUCGAGCUCCGUAUGGACGACGGGAAUAGAAACCGAACCCUUGCCGCCACCAAGAUGAACGAUCACAGCAGCCGCGCGCAUACAAUCGUCACUGUCAACUUUGAGCAGAUCUACAAGAAAGAGAACACUACCAAACAAGCGUGUAUAAAUUUGGUGGAUCUUGCAGGAAGUGAGCGAUCUAAGCAAACUGGUGCAGUAGGGGAGCGGUUGGACGAGAGCAAGAACAUCAACAAAUCCCUCUCUGAGCUGGGCAAUAUUAUCAAAGGUCUUCACGACAAGGCGUCCGGAAAACGAGCACAAUUGAAUUUCCGUAACUCCAAGUUGACCAUGUUGUUGAAGAAUUCUCUUGGUGGAAAUUGCAAGACAGUUAUGGUUGCUGCUUUGAGUCCAGCCGCGGAAAAUUUUGAGCAGACUUUAUCAACGCUUCGAUAUGCGGACAGAGCGAAAUCUAUCAAGAACGUCGCCAAAGUAAACGAGUCAGAGACCGACAAACUGAUCCGGGAACUUAUCGCCGAGAAAGAGAAGUUACUAGCGGAACUAAAGGACGCCAAGGCCAAUGUCACCGUUGGAUAUACUGAAGAAGAUAUUAAGAGGAUGAAACAAGAACAAGAGGCUGAGAUUGAGAGAUACAAAGAAGAAAUCGCGGGCAUCACAUUGUCAUGGGAAAAACGGCUGGAAGAGGCCCGUAAGGAGACUGAGGAGAAACUGAGAGAAGAACAGCGAGAGGAAAAUGCGAAGAAACGCUUCCCGCACUUCUAUAAUCUCAAUGAGGACCCUUUGCUGGUUGCCAAAAUUAUUCACAUUAUCAAAGCAGGAUCCCACAGAAUUGGCAACAAUGGAGCCAAACCGCAACCGGAAAUUCCUCUCUACGGCAGGAGCAUUGCCAGAGAACACGGCGUCGUGUGUAAUACCAGGAACGGUGUGACAAUUAAGUCUUUGAAAGGAAAAAUUAGAGUUAAUGGGGUGGAGAUGAACGCCGGACAGGAAAUACAACUUCACCAUCAAGACAGGAUUCUGUUUGGUGAGUACACUAUGGGGGCUACGAUGGUGCCCAACUUGUUUGUGUUUCACCACCCGAAAGAGGAAGAGGAGUUGAUCAACCAGGGAAAGAAACACACGGAGAUUUCGUACGAUUUUGCCGUUGAGGAAAUAGAGAACAACAUUGAUAGCGGCGAGGGAGGCGACGAAGACAACCUUGCUCUCCUAAAAGAUGAGAUCAUUCACUUACUCCCCCUGGUGGAGGACGCUAACGCCAUGGCGGCAGAGUUCAACAAAUCUGUGGGUUUUGAGGUGACCCUCAUUCCUGCUAUGUUCAGAGGGAAGGAAUCCGGACCCACCGAGGUCUAUGUGAAAAUGCAUAAUAUGGAGAACGACAACGAGUUUUACUGGGGGAAGAACAAGUUCCUGGACAGACAGUGCAGUAUGCAGAGAAUCUACGAGGAGUUUGAGGGCACCUAUAACGUGGAAAAGGACGACGACCCCUUUUACGAACCUCCAGACACGGAGAACCUGAUAGGUUUGGUGUCCGUGCCUUUGGUGGCUCUGGCCCAUGGCCGGACCUAUGACGAGAAGCUGACCAUCCGAAACUACGAAGCAAACACGGUGGGGUAUCUCGCCGUCGAGUUAACGGCCGAAGCUGGGGACGUGAAGGAAGAGGAAAAAGGGCAGGUUAAAGAGGGAAAUAUUGACCCCAAAGAAAUGAUUGGGAAGGAUAUCGCAAUCCGUAUAAACAUAAAGAAAGCUCAAAACCUGCCUGUCAAAUACAACAAGGUUUGGUGCAAGUACAAGUUUUUCAAAAUGAAGAGACCUACGACCACAAACCCAACUGAAUGCGUUGCCGGAUUGUUUGACUUAAAAUACAAGAAACGGCAUAAAUACGAAGCGCAGCAAGUCACACACGAGUUCCUGAGUUAUCUCCAAGAUAAAACCUUGAUGAUUGAAGUGUGGGGCAGCCAAUCAGAAACGGUUAUGCGACAGGCACGCCCCCGCACUGCUCCCGGCCCCUUGAACAUGGGCGCUACUGGGAGUCUUAGACGGGCCUCGUUCUCAAUCGAUGGGACUCAAACAGACGGUUUUGCUGGACGCAGCACGUUGAAGGAAAGGGCAGCAAACCUAGGUGGCGCCACCGGAGAAGCAUGUACAGUGCAAUAGCAAUAAAGAACCGAUAAUAAACACCAGAUGCACAAUAAGGGCAUUUGUGAUGGUGGCGGAAUUGACAAAGUCGACAAAAAUUCUAAAAUGCUGAGAUACAUGGGCUUUGAAUGAAGCCAGAAUAGUGAUAUACUGUUGACACGGAUAAGCAGUAAUAUAUCAUUUAUUAUAAGUAUUAUUAUCAUCAAAAGGACUGGUUGACUAAUAUAUCAUAUAUGUUUAUACA